AUGUGGGGGGACAAUCGGAACUUGGACAAAGGCUUUCGUCUCUUGGACCCCAUCAAGGCCAAGUACGGUGACGCCUUGUCCUGGGGCGACCUCAUCAUCUUGUCGGGUAAUGUAGCCAUCAAGAGUGUCGGAGGUCCCGUGCUCGGCUUUUGGUGGUGGCCGUCGGGACGACGUUGA